GCAGGCCACCGGCUUCCAGGUCCAGAUGGGAUGACCAGCGAAGCUUCGUUCUCCGAAAAUCUCGGAUUUGAAAAUGUGGGGGCUGACAGCCUGACACACAGUUUCGCUUGUCACCGAGAAAAGAUAAAAGGGUGCCUCAUCCUCCCUCAUGUCUUGUCUAGUCAAUCAACUCUAACAUGAAUGCCAUUCGAACGCGCAAAGUCAAAGCUGUUGGCGACAUCUCUUCUGUGUUUGGAAGCCUCUCAGGCGUGAACCCCGACUUGUGGAGAGGCUUCGAUCAACUCAAGAAGAAGAUUGUCUCUGAACACAAUGCAGAUGCGAUGCAGCACGCGUACAUCCGCGCAAUCGAGGCCUGUAGAGAGCAAGUGAAUCAAUUGCAGCGCAAGCAACGUAUUGGCGAAGCAAUUGUGCCAGAAGUCAACUUUGCUGAUUUAGCCAGUGGUCAAGUCUCAUCACAGACUCGCCAAGCCAUCAAGCAAAUAGGAACAGUCAUUGUCCGCGGUGUGAUGCCCGCUGAGGAUGCUCGCAACCUCAAGAGGGAUCUGCAGUCGUAUUGCGUUCGCAACAGGGCUGGCGGCUUCCCACAGAGCAACCCACAAGUCUAUGAAGUCUACUGGUCCAAGGCACAAGUCCAAGCGCGGUCACAACCCUCCAUGCUCAGAGUCCAAAAUUGGCUCAACGGCUUCUGGCAUGGACCAAAUGACCGCGUGGAUACGAGCGUCUCCUUGACUUAUGCAGACCGUGCUCGUAUCCGCAUACCUGGUGACACAUCCUUCACACUCUCUCAUCACAUUGACGGCGGCGGCAUUGAGAGAUGGCAAGACCCGACCUACAGAAAAGUCUACCAGGCAAUUCUGGACGGACGCUGGGAGGAGUAUGACAACCUUGAUCUGACACACCGCAUUGAUGCCAACAUGAAUUUACAUGCAGCACCUGGCGGCUGUUCCGUCUUGCGCGGAUAUCAAGGAUGGCUAUCGCUGAGCAAUAGUGGUCCAGGUGAAGGUUCUCUGCGCAUCAACCCAUUUCCCAAGGAGGCUGCCGCGUAUUGGAUGUUGCGGCCCUUCUUCAAUGAUAAAGGUGAAAUGGAUCUGGAUGACCCAGUAUUCCAUGGUGCAGUACCUGGCAAGGGCCAGGAAAUGAAUACAUCUCUUCAUCCUGCUUUGCAGCUCGACAGCAGUAUGCUUGGCAUUCCGAAGAUGCAUCCAGGCGACUACGUGGCUUGGCAUGCAGACACUAUUCACGCAGUGGAUGCAGAGCAUCGUGGAUCAGAGGAUGCAAGUGUGCUCUAUAUUCCAACAGUGCCCUUGACAUUGCCCAACGCACGUUAUCUGCAGACGCAGCGAGCAGAUUUCCUCACUGGCCUUGCACCAGAGGAUUUCCCAUCAGGCUCUCGUGAAGAGACAUUCCCAGAUCGAGCGACAGUGAGGGAUCUAGUAGAAUUCGGUGGUCUCGCUGGUCUCCAAAGCAUGGGCCUUGCUCCACUUACAGGCAAAGACGCACUCGCUCAACAAGCAAAUCAAAUUCUCUUCUCGUAGCUAGAGCUGUUGUAUAUUGAAUGCUGUUUCAACUU